AUGCCUGCUAUCGGAGUUAUUUAUCCUCCUCCGGAGGUGAGAAGUAUCUUUGAUAGUUGUUUUAUAUGAUAUUGAUUGUAAUUGUUAGUCUCUUCGUCUUUGUCCAUACAUGACAUUGGUCUUCACUGGUGUAUGCAAAUGAACCUGCAUAUUUCUUCACUUCAAACGUAGCUGUUGAUUCCUGUGUAGUAGCUGUGUGUUGAUGUAGAAUUCUACAUUGCACUUAUACGAAGUUAGGCGAUGCCAAAGGUUCAAUAGUAGGAUGGGAUAAGAGGCAAAUUCGCUAGAAAACAGGCUAAAGCGAAUCCUAGUUCUCGAUGUACUCGUAUGCAUAUAAGCGUUUAUUGUGCGCUUCUUACGAGUAACGUACGUAUGCAUGAGGCGCUGGUCGAGAUUGAACGUGUUCUGAAAUUGAUUCCGCUUCUCAUUACAUAAGCAUAGUCGAAACAAACUGUCUCUCCGUAGACUCCGAGAGAAAUUCCACAGAAUGUUGAGUUUACAUCCUCAGGCAAGUUGAGAGCGAUUCUUUUUCCAUAGUAGGUGGAAAAGUUUCGAUUUAUAAACUUUUUAAGUCCUUAACAAUAUAAUCAGAUAUUGUUGACAAGACUGCAAGCUUCGUUGCAAGAAAUGGUAAGUAUCUUUUGCUAGGUAUAUCCAUAAUGAUUCUUGUAACUAAUUGAGUAACUAUUUAAUUUUUUUACUGGUGUUAAUUAAAAGGGUGGAUGGUACACGUGCUUAAAUUGUAUAAGGCCUUGAGUGAUUCCUGUUGUAAUGUAAUAUUCUUCAUUAUUUACAAGCAGUUACAGAGAUGAGGCUAGGUAUAUUGUGAAGUACAGUCGAACCUCGUUAUUUCAAACUCGGUUAAUUCGAAGUCCCUGCUAUUUCGAAGGAAGAUUGAAUGCCCUUGGAUUUACUCUUCCCCUUUAUGCUUCCCCGGUUAUUUCGAAGCCCCGCUAUUUCAAACUUUUUUUUCAUUUCCCUUGGGACUUCGAAAUAGCGGGGUUCGACUGUAUUAUACAGACCAAAUGAGGGUGUUAUCUACCUUGGCUUUCAGCCUCAUGAUAACAGCCUUUGCAAUUCAGCUUAACCAUGAACUGAUUCAUCAUUAUUUUCCCUAUUUUCCCACACGAACGGGCCAGAUAUUUUUACAAUUGAAACAUACAGGUGCGUAUGUUCAGAUCAAUUGAUCUAUCGAUCAAUCUUUGUGUCCUAUGGGAUGCAUACUAUGAGUUUUGGGAUUUUUAUACGUCAGGGACGCAGGACGCAGAGCAUCCAAAAUCACUAUACACUUUACAUUUUUUUUACAUCUGGUGUAAUGAAAUAUGAUGUCAAAACAGCUAGGGUGCCAUGCUUCUGGCUUGAAGUGAGUUUGUGUCCGACUCGAUGUACCAUCGUAUAAGUGGUAUAUUUAUUACUCUAAUCUUCAAAGAAGAAAGAAUAAUAAGCAUACACAACUGUACAAAUUAAAAAGUUACUGAAGUAUCUAACACCUGUCUUCUAAACAGAUAACUUGUUUCAUGUUUUUAAUUUCUAUUAUUAGUGUUGUGGAAUUUUGGUAAAGAAUAAAGUGUUAUUUACUUUGUACAGACUGCAUCUUGAAAAUGAUUAUUAUUAUUAUUAUUUUUAGUAAUUGAAACUGUUAUAAUAAUGACAAAGUUAUUAAAACACAAUCUUGUGCUUGUGCCUUUAGGUCCAGAAUUUGAAUCAAGAAUCAGGCAAAAUGAAAUUAAUAAUCCAAAGUUUAACUUCCUAAAUCCUGGAGAUCCCUACCAUGCAUACUUCCAGCAAAAAGUUGCUGAUAUAAAAGAACAGGAUGGGAAAGGUGAGACCAACAGAAAUUUUACAUUAUAGUGUUGCACUAUCCCGGCUUUGUCUUGUGACAUUUACCAUGAUAACUAUUAAUUUUUUUAUACUGUAAAUGAUACACAGCAUAGUCAGGGCUUCUGAUAUUUCGCGCAGUCGCGGAACCGUGAAAUUCCGGUAAAUCUGCGAAAUCCCACGAAAAUCACAAAAACACGCAAAAUACCACGAAAUUUGGCAAAAAUCUUAUCAAAUAGAUGUCUGUACAACAUAUUUGAAACUUAUUUCAGCUAUUGGGGCUAUUUACUUGCUGUAAACUUGUAAAUUUAUUUUGAAACUUCGUCACUGAAACAUGCAAACAACGUCCUGAAACUAUCAGGCGUCGAUUAUGUUGCGAAAAACUGGGCACUAGCCAUGAUGUUAAAGGCUUUGCCAUUGGUUCAUUUCUUGAGCAUAUUGUUGUUGAAAGAGCAAAUGAUAACCUCUGUCAGAAAAACGUUUCGGGAAAUCGCUCAUCGAUAAUUUAUAAGAUUGCCUUUUGAAUCAGUACCCUUGAGAGUUUAGUCUUCACAGAACACAAUGAGUACAUCCGGCACAUUAAAUUCUUUAUUAUGUAUCAGCAGAAACUCAUAAGGGGUUGAAACGUGCAACUCUCAUAUGUUUGCUUUGUCCGAUGCUCGUGAUUAUUCAUUUUCGAAAGUACCACAUUUGGAACGAGAAGACGAGAUAACUAACCAAUCAAACUUCCUAAACAACGUGACGUAAUUUUACUUCAGGUUCCCUCGUUGACCCUUUGCACAGUAAACUAUAGGCUUUUAAAAUUCUUAUACUAAAAGUCUAGAAUAAACAGUAAAAAAUCUUUUCGAAGAAAAUCAUUAGCUGCGUAUCGAGAAGUGUCCAAAACCUGAACCUGACAUCUUCGCAAAAAGUGAUGGGUGUAAUGAAUGUGAGAAGCAUUUAAGCUUAAAUUCAGCUUGGAUGUUUGUAGUCAUGAUCGUGUUUUGAGCUAAUUUUAUGAAUGAACAAAGUCAAAAGACUAGACAGAUAAUCCGUUUCUUGAAAAUUUUUAUUUAAAGUCCAAAAAGCUAGUCCUUUAAAGCAAUUCGGAAACACUAUCUGGGUCGUUGAUCCGUUCACGCUAGUGAAAUCGGCUGAGCAAAUGGCAAAAUUCAACACAAAAUCCAUCUCAAAUCGGGGCACAUUUUGUAAUUUUUCUCUUAAGCGCCCGGAGAGAAAAAUUUAUAAAACGGCUAUGAAACAUUUAAAAAUACAUAAAUUCCCUUUCAAAAACGUAAUGGUCUUGGCCAUAGAGUACAAAAUGUACCUGAAAAACUUCACUGCCUUGGUUGCAUUUCAAAACAGACCAUGCGCUCCGUCGUGAAGAAAACAAGGUUGAAUUCCUCGAAGGACGAUUUCUUGACGAAGAACUUCCCUUCCUCCACAAAAAGAAAGCUGAGCAUUCUUUUGAACUUUCUCUUUCCAUUUUUUGUCUUUUAACGGUGUAUUUUUAACUUGAAAUGCAGAACUCUUGUCUUAAAACAUCUGCAUGGUGAUCGCGCGACAGCCAUUUGUUGAAAAUGGAUAUCUGUCAUUAAGGUUUCCAAAUAUGGUGAAAGUGAAUAUUCACGAGCAUUGAACGUGAGUUACACAUUUCAACCCCUUAUGAGUUUCUGGUAUCAGUACAUAUGCACGUUAAAAUGAAGAACCAAUCGAUGCUCUUAAAAGUCUCCUAGGCCUAUCAAACCUUUUUUCACUUGGAACUUUCUUGACCUCUUAACACAAACUUUUUUGCAAAUUAACCUUUUCGUCGCUUGAAAACACAGAGCCCGUCUAAAUUCAGCGACGAUUGAUUGACUUGUCGAAAACUGAGAAGCGCGCUCACUUCCUAGUGCCCUGCAGCUCACAUAUUGUCAAAUCUCUUAUACAUGAUUGGCUUGUUCGUUAGACCACAAACACAAAGGGAAAGGAAUGUAGUUUGGUUUUCAGCAGCCAUUUGUGGGGAGGAGCAUUGCGUAAUGACAGUAAAAACGGCUGUGUAGCAGACUAAGGGUAACAGUGCACUGUAGCUAACAAAUGUUGACUUCAACGGCUAUUACAGCAAGCAACUAUAUAACAUUAAUCACUUAUAGACUGGUCUCUCAGGAAACAGUUUAUUUUUUCCCUGGAAUCCCAAAUACUAAAGAUUGGUAUUCAAGUUGGCGGGUAAAUACAACAAGUUGGUGGGGAAUCAAACGGCAGAAUCAAACAAAGAUUUCUUUUGGUUCUAUUUUUGGUUUAUUUUUCUAAGGAAGUAGCCGGGGGCCUCGCUUAUAGUAGCCAGGAGAAAUCCCCGACCCCUGGCUCUUGGUGACAGCCAUUAUGGUAAAUAAAUAAAUAAAAUUAAUAAAUAAAGAAGUAUUCUUUUGUGGUCCAGAUAAUUAAUUUUAAUACAAUGUAUUUUUGAUUUGUUUUCAGCUCAAGAGCUUAUUCCAACAGUUCCAGCUCCUCAAAAGGUGAGUAUUUACAAUGUACUUGUGUAUGUCACAGGUCAAAUUUAAUUUCAGUUUAUUUUUUAUUUAACCUAGAAAAUUACUGUAGUUUGAUUCUCAAUUCCUUUGCCUCCUGGCACUAGAGGAUAAAAUCAGUCUUGGAAAAAAAAAAUCAACAUCAACAUCAAAAAUCAACAUGAAAUUUGACCUGCAAGUGAUGACAGUCAUAAUUGUUUGUACUGUAUUAAAUUAAUGAUGACGUUUUGCUUUCAUCUCAGCCAAAACCUUUGAUGCAACAAACUCCAGUAACUAUUGCUGAACUGCCUGUACCCAAAGAGCCUCCCCCAGAGUUUGAGUUCCUCGCUGAUCCACCUACCAUAUCUGCACUAGACCUGUAUGUAUUCUAAAAUUGAAAGUUAAGAUUUAUCAUUAUCAGCUUCAAUACAUAGCUCCUUGGAAAGAUACCAUUAUUUAGGAUCUUGGAGUCGAAAUUUUCUAUCCUAAUUAAAAGGUGCAUCAUUUCCCAAAUGAUGAUAGACAACAUCCAUAGUAAACAUUACAUAACAUCCCCGGUUAGUUAAUCUAGUGGAAACUUCCCAAUGGUCUUAUUUUCAUUUUAGUGCAUACAUGUAUGUAGCAAAAUGGUAAACAGCUCAGCCUGAACUAUUGAGUUAUGUGCAUACAAGGGAGUUUGGUAGGCAAGCUGAAAGAAGUGUAGGAAGCUGAAAGAAGUGUAGGAAAUGUAUGAUGCAAUAGCUAAGUGUGACUCUAGCUUCUUGGACAUUAGCAAUUCUCUCAAGUGCAGCCAUAACUCAAUAGUAGAUGCUGAGGUUUUUUUUACCAUUUGUUACAUAGUAAAAUCAAAUAUGCAUGAUUGUACUCCUACCUUUUUUAAAAGAACACAAUAUUUUUGGAUUUAGUAAAGUAAUAUUAACUGUUGCUUUUCUAGUUUUAGUAAGAAGUGCACUCUAGUUUCUAUGAUUUGAGUUGUUCUGUGAACUUGUGUAGGAACAUUGUUAAGCUGACAGCACAGUUUGUGGCAAGAAAUGGACGUCAGUUUUUAACCAAUCUUAUGAACAGAGAACAGGUGCGUGUAGGCUACAGUACAUUGUAGUAUCAUUGGAGUAAAGCUUUUGUUUGGACGAAUAAUUACUCAGAAUAGACCCUCCCAUGUCUAGCCAUCUUGACCAAAUAAACUUGGUGAAAAACGUAUUUGUAAUAUGGCCACUCCUUGGAAACAUAAUUUUUUUUGACGGACUAAAGUAGAAAAUUCCAUGCCCUAGGCAAGGUGGCCUAAAUGUGUCUUGCCUACACUAGUAGCUAAUCAGGACACAUGAUUUGCUUUAUCUUGCUCCCUCAUAAAAGCAACCAUAAUAAUAAGGAUAAACAACUGAAAAUAUGAUUUAUCAUGCUGUUUAAUAGUAGCAUUUGUAGCAGCAACUGGCAAGUUUUGUAACCUGAAGUGGACUUACUUUGCAUAUCCUUUGUUUUGUUUUUUAUGGUAUUAUUUUAACUGACUGUUGGAUUUUGUUUUUAUAGCGGAACUAUCAGUUUGACUUCUUGCGUCCCCAGCACAGUCUGUUCAACUACUUCACCAAACUUGUAGAACAGUACACAAAGGUGAGACCUCAAGUAUACAAAACAGUGAACUGUUACAAUGCAAUACAUAUGUAGCUCUAGCAAGUAUGGUAACAGCUACACUGUGUGUGCACUUGUGACUUGAUGUUUAUUUUAGUAAGCCAAGAAUGUAUUCUACACCACACAAACCGGAAGUGUGCCAAACUUGAAUUAUGACAUUGUGUAGCAUCUCCUCAGAUACAAUGUAACUUAAGAUGUCUUGCCUUGUACAUGUAAGUUAUUAAUGUAAAAUUCAGCCCAGCCUGUUAUUAAGGUUCAGAAGCCAUUGAUUGAUUUGUCUGCCUUUAUGACUUAUGAUCUCUGGCUGCUUAGUUAUAUGUGGAAAUAUUUUAACAUUAAUCAAAGCAGAAAAUUCCAAAUCCCAAACUACUUUUCCCACUCUUUCUUUCACAUGUACAUGUAUGUACUUCAAUGUAAUAGAAAGUGUGCUACACUUUCUGGCGGAGUUCUAGUGUCUUUAUUUUUUUUUCCAUUUGUUCUUUUUGUUUUCUUUUAUGACAUCACCUGUUUUGUUUUACUAGGUUCUGAUUCCACCAAGUGAUGUAAAAGAAAAGUUGCUAAAAGAUGCAAACAAACCUAAAGAGGUGCAUACAACUGCAUAAUUACAUGUAUAUUGUGUAUUAGAAGCAAUUGCAUCCAUGAGCAUUUUUUUUAAAGGUUUUACAGUAAUUGUUGUUUAUAAAAUGUUCAUUUUUAUCGUUUGUCUCGUGAUAGUCAAAAAUAUUUCUUGAUCGUGAUUUAAUGUGUACUGCAAGUCUUCAUCAAGCAACAGUGUCUAUUUACUUAGAAGGUUGUUCAUUAGGCAUUCGAGAUCUGAGAAUUCAUCAUUUACUAUGCAGAAUUCUCUGGCUAACAUUCAGUAGCUUAUGACUAUUUUUACUCAGACGUGGAGCCUCUUUCAAAGUAUUCUCCUGUAAUGUUACACCUUUCGCCUGCUACAAGAAUUUUUAAUGAAAACCCUGACUGAGUAGGACUGUUUGUACAAAUUGUUUGUUAAACAAAAAGGAAUGGUGGCAUUCCCAUUGUUAUUGUAGAUCUUGGAUCGUGUCAUGUACCGAGUGGAGUGGAUACGUCAUCAGGAAAGAGAAAGGAAAAAGCUGGAGGAUGAAAAAGAAAAGGAAAGAGGUCAGUUUACUUGCUUUAAUAAGACAAUUUAGCAACAGAAUGGGAAUGUAAGUUGACGACAGCACACACAAAUGAAACAAAACUGGCUUGACCAAUGGCAGAGUGGCAAAUUGAGCACUGGAAGUCACAUUUCGUCUUUACCAAACACUUUACUGUCUUAAACUGACAUUCCCUGUAGCUAAAUCAGCGUAAUAUCGAUCAUGAUUCAUGAUUCAAAUUGAAAUUCAUGAUUCAAAUUAAUUUGUUCACACUGUAACUAUAGUUUAUUUAGCAUCCUCACCUCCACUUGUAGCACAGCCAUGAUUUACAACGGCUUUCAUUUACAUGUACAAACUGUGAGUUUUAAUUUGGGUGCCCAUCUCAUGGGCACCGGAAUUAAAGAGAUAUCCAGUUUUUCCUUGGUGACAUGAAAAUUAUGGACAGGCUUGAAAAGUUGAAUGCAUGCACUAGAGUCUUGCAUCUGCUGCAGUUUAUGUAACAAAAUGCACGCCACAUAUACAUGGUAUGAUUUUGUUAAUUCAAGUCUUGCAUGUACAACUGAUAUUUGUUUUUUUCUUUUUUGUUGCAGUUGCAUUUGCCUCGGUGGAUUGGCAUGACUUUGUUGUUGUGGAAACAGUGGACUUCAAAGACAGUGAAACAGGUAAAACCAUCAUAAAUCAUGAUAUACCAUGUGAUAUGUGGAAUGGUGAGAUCCACAUUACAAGCACUUAGAAGUGUGUUGAUAAAGGCAAGGUGUGUACAGUCUUUUAUUGACUGCACUGAACAACACCUAAUACAACCAUCUGUGACCGUUGAUCAAGCUAAAUUUCACCUUGGACGUGAUUUCAGCUGACUUUGUUACAAACGAGAAAAAUAAGGGUGCACUCUGCAGUGUAGGUAGGGAAGCAUAAGCCACUUUGGAAUACUUUGACAUGAGGAGGACUGAAAUAGUAUUGAGUUUUUAGCAAUAAUAUUAUUUUGACUUGAUUUGUUUCUGUAGCACCAUGAUUACUGUUUAUCUAUUUUUUGAGAUAAAGAGAUUUCAUUAUAUUCUUGAUACUCAAAAAAAUGUACAUUGUGAACUGUAUUUGCAUCCUACUCAUCUGAUUCCGUAGUUAAGAAAUUAAAAGUACAUGUGAUUGUUUUCUUUAGCUAACUUACCACCACCAGUGAGCAAAGAACAGCUUGGAGCAAGAAUAUUAGCACAAGAGAGAUAUGAGCAGAUUCAGGUAAUAGCAGAUUACAGAGUCACCUAUCCCUAUCAAAAGCCCUUGCUGAGAGAGGUUAUUUAUUUAUAUAUUUUAUGUGUCUAUACUUGGAAUGAUUUUGUGUACCAUGCAAUCUGCAACUUUCCAAAGUAUACAUGUACUUUAAACUUGCCACAAAUCGACCUUAUGAGAUUCACAGCAGAAUAGCUGUAAAGUAUGCUGAGCAAGAUUUUAGGCUGUUUCACAUACUCGGCCUUGCCACAUACUCUUCGAGCGUAGCUAAGAAGAAGGUAAUUCAAUUUUUGUUUAUUUCGCACAUACCUUCACUCAGUGUUUAGUACAUAUCAUUUCCUGAAAUUAAUUUUAGUUUCAUGUACGUAGUUACACUUCAGUUCUAGUUCUGUUAUACCGUUAAUCAGAUCAUUUAUACAUUCUCUCUCAUUCUUUUUCUUCUUUUUUUGGUAUUUUUUAGAUUAACGUCCAGGCCCCAGUUGUUCAAUAUCCAGCGGAUAAAUCACUGUCCACUUGAUAACGUAAUUGGUCUCCUCAGCACUUAUCCGCUGGAUAGGGAUUUAUCGGGUGGAUAGCGCUAUCCAACUUUCGAACAACUGGUGCCAGACGUAAUAAUUAGGAGAAUAUAUUUUUUUAUAAUUUAUCUGAUAAAUACAUGUAAGUCACAAAAAUUAGUAUUUCAAUGAGUGAAUCGAUUGUUUUAUAUAAUAGGAGGAAGGAGGCGCCCCUGAGGAUAUGGAAGUUAACAUGGAUGUAGAGAUGGAAGUUGAUGAACCGGAACCCCCAGUCCUCUCCAUUCCACCACCACCACCUCCCCCCAAGGAUUCAAUUGCAGUAAGUCACCUUAGCCGUUUAGGGACUCUAGCUUUAGAAUGACAGUGUUACGAACAGCACGCGAGUUGCAUUAUCUUAGUUAGUGUUUUAAUGUGUUUGAGGAAAACUGCUACACAAACCUUUUACUUAACUCUGUAGGAGGAAAACAGGCCUCUGUAACUUAGUGAUUAGGUGGAGAAACUGAUUCGUUAACGUGCAUUCCUCUGGGUCCAGAUUAUUUUUUAAAACAACCCUUUCACUCCCUUGAAUGGCAAGAAACAUGGAUGGACACUUUUUGGAAAAGUUCGAAAACUGUUCAUGGAAGACUGCGUAAAAAUAAUUAUAAAGAAAGGAAGAAAACGAGUACAGUCCACUCUCUAUAACUCAAACCUUCAAGGGAAAUUGAAAAUAAGCGAAUUUAAACAAAUGAGAUAGAGUAGGAAUGAAAUUAUCAUGCAAUAAUUGACGUGGGUUUGAUAUAUUGAAGGCAGAAACGCAGGAACGAUUACAGCUGUGACAUGUAAUUGUCUGCGCAUGCCCUGUCGUAUCUUUGGUGCUUGAAUGUUAUUUUUUCUUGUCCAUUUUUGCAGAAGGAUACAGACCUAAGCGAGGUACCUCUUCCGCCUGCCCCGUCUGAGCCCGGCCCCAAACCACCCUUACCUCCCACAGCCCCUGGAGCAAACAUCCAGAUCCGACGAGGCUACGACCCUAAGGCACCUAAAGCGGCUCCAGCUGCUGUGCCCUCCGACAAAUUCCUCAUCUCUCCCAUCACCGGCGAGCGUGUGCCGGCUGAGAGUAUGGCUGAACAUAUGAAGAUCAGUCUGCUGGAUCCACGAUGGAGAGAACAGCGCGAUCGAGUGUUACAGGAGAAGAAAGAACAGGAACAGGUCUUCGCCGAGGGUAAGAUUUCCAGUGUGCCCCGUUGGUUUUUGUAUUAUUAUUAUUACUUUUUUUUUUAAGCGAUAUAAAUUUGAAAUAAGAGGGGCAACGUUAUGAAGACUCUAGUGUGUUGAGUCCACGAAAGAAUUUAAGCCUGAUUGAUACGCUCCCUAAUACUGCAAGGCUUGAUGGGGUUGACUGUUUAUUUUCAUUUCCUUAUUUGCUUUAGUGCUAUGCUUUGAAAGAGCCAAAACGUAAACGUCACAUUCAGUCUCAUUAAAACCUUGCUUUUUAGUGUUUGCUUGUUGUUGUUGUUUAGCUGACUAAAGUAAGUUUAAUAUAGCUCACUACCAGAUUAUCAAAAUCUCUCGCAUUUUACGAGUUUGCUAGCGUUAACUUCGAGCCCUGGAUAUACAACUGGUACAAUGUGACGCAAAACUCUGUUCAUAAAUUACGCACAGAGUUCCGUCUCCGCGUUAAUUUUUCCAGUUUAACGAGUGCUUUAGACUGAUCGGGUUUCCAAUAAGACGAAUAACACGUUCGAAAGUUUCAGUGAACAAAUACAUGUAGACCUUCGAACUUUCAAAAUACUAUGUCGCGAAAUUUCUAAAAAUUCCAACAGAGAGAACUACCACCAAACUGAGUGAAACAUAAAAAUAACUGCUGUAAACAUUAAAAGAAGGUAUAAAUAACACAUAACACGGCAAAUACAAAGGGAGGCACGGAUGAACAGAAACGGAUUGCGAUGUGGUUUUUGAAAACUUGUUAGCCUAACAAGUUUUCAGAGUUCACUUUUGUUGUUUGUAACGUUUGAUAUAAUGCUUAGGAUCUACACGAAGCUCAGAUGUAUAUAGUCAUUUACAAGUAAUUUCUCAAGUUCUAUAACGAAUGAGGACGCGUAAUUGGAAUUAUUAGGCUGAUUUAGCAUCAGAACGGGAACGUCAGUUGACGACGGUGCGCGCAAAUCAAACAACUGGCUUGACCAAUGGUAGAACGACAAAUUGGGCACCGGAAUUCGAGUUUAGUCCUCUCCGCGCACUUUCCCGUCGUCAAAGGACGUUCCCGAUAAAAUGAUGUCGACAGCCGUGACGUCACAGCCCGUUUGUUGAGGUCACCCUAUUCCCAGUGGACACUUUGUUGGCCGCUUAUUAGAGGUUCGACUAUACUUGGCUCUUGAUGAAGUCAGGUUCAAUUUAUUGGAAAAAGAUGGGGAAAAAGUUUCUGUUGCUGUUGUAAUUGUUGUAUUACAGGAAUGUCUAUUGGAAGCAGUCUGAAGCAGCUGGCUGAGCGUCGUACGGAUAUCUUCGGAGCAGGAGACGAAGAGACGGUGAUUGGUAAAAAGAUCGGCGAAGAAGAUACCCGUAAACCAGAGAAAGUAACUUGGGAUGGUCAUACAGCCUCCAUGGCUGCUACCUCUCGCUUGGCUCAACAAGGCGUCACUUUGGAGCAACAGAUUGAGGCUAUUCACAAAUCCAAAGGACUGACGUGAGUGAAGUGCUGAUCAAAUGUUCUGAACACGUUAGCCCCGGUCAGGCAUUCUCAACAUAGUCUUUAUCGUUGGAAACUCGAGGGCACCUUUACGGGCAAGAUCGUUGCAGGCAAUUCAUGUUUAAAUGAGAAAGCGAAAGCCAGUGGUUACUUACUGUACACUUACCAAACCAGUCCAGAAGAAUUUGAAUUCCCUUUUUCCUGAUUAUGAUUGGUCAAAAAAUGAUUUCUGGCCAACCAUAGGCGUUACAGUCAAACCAGAUCAAGCGUUCCCGUCGCUAACGAACUAAUGAAUUUAUUCACGGAAAAAUGAUUUCGUUUGUUGAUUCAAUAAUCCAUUCAUAAAAUGAACAAUCCAAUAGUCAUAUUUAGCCUCGAUUCCAUGAUUCGAUUACUGUUUUUUGAAAAAUUACACUUUCCACAAGUUGACCUCAGAAUUUUGUUUUUUCCCCUUUUUUUCUGAGAAUCGAGUGCUGGCGAGUUCUGAAGUUCAAACCCAAACAAACUGUUACAUGUACGUCAGUUUGCUGCCAGUAAUCAGUGCAACAGACCUAGGCCUGACCUCUUAGAAAACACGACGGUCAAAUUGAGGUCAGUGUAUGUGCGGUGAUUGGUGGAUUUCGAUCCUCGGCCUUUGUCAGUUUCUUUGCGUUUGCGGUCUGUCUAUUCUAGCUGUUGUUUUGAUUAAAGGCAAUGAAAAACGCAAUCGUAAACGGCAGGAAAAGGGAAGCAAAUACGAUUGAACACAACAGACAAGAAUAAAGAACAGGUAGAUUUUGUUCAUAAACCAAAUCAACAUUUGAUUAUUGAAUCGAGGUACAAUUUGACUCUUGGAUUAUUCAUUUUAUGAAUGGAUUAUUGAAUCAACAAACGAAAUCAUUUUUCCAUUAAUGAAUUCAUUAGUUUGUUAGCGACGGGAACGCUUGACCUGGUUUGACUGUAAUUCAAAUGCUUCGUUCUGGAACCGCUUUGACCUGAGGUACUGGCAAGGACCCCCUUCUUCUUUUCCGUGAAUGCUCCUUCUCGGUUAGCGUUUCUUGGCUCUCUAGGAUGUACAGUGUCAACAUUGGCACUUUACAGCGACAAUGCUGAGACAAUGUUGGGAGAGUUCGCCUUAAGCAUAGUGGAGUAUUACGUCACCUAAUUUAGCCAACUUCAGCGGCCAUUAGGAACUGUCGUCCAAAUCGUAAACGGUGCCGGAAGUUCAUGGGGGUUUUAAACGCUGUUUCGCCAGUCAGUAUUAUAGAGAUCAUCGCUCUUUUCUUGUAACUUUGAGUUAUUAGGACUAUUAAAGUAACAAGACAUACUACGUUGAUUGAAAGCUGCGAGGAAUAGGCCAGUUUGACACUUGGCCGAGGCUGAGGGGUAUAAAACAAAAGACAUCGCAUUGAGAAUCAGGGAUGAACAAUUCAUUUCUUUUCUUUUAUUCCCCCCAGCCUCGGAGCUAAGUAUGAAUGUUCAUAAUUCGAAACUGGCGUAUUAAAUUUUCAUUGCUAACCAGUAAUUGGUAAAACUAACCUGGUUAGUUUACCAAUUACUGGUCAACAGAAUGAGCUAAAAAGCCUGAAGACGCGCGCUUACUUGGAUAUGAGAAGUGCAAAUAUAAUAUCCACUCAAAACUUCAAAACAUGCACGUUAAAUCCCUUUAUUCCACCCCACUUUCACGGCUAACGAAGACCAUUUUGCCAUAGGGACUUCUUUGUAAAUGGUUCUGUGCCCAUUUUCUCUUGUUCGACCUAAAGUUACUCGCUCGAAACUUUAUGUUCGCUGUUGCUUUCCAGGCCAUCAGAAGAGAGAGAACGAAUCGGUCCGAAAGUUCCCGACCAGGAAAAACCGGAAACAAACCGACCGCCGACUACAGCCAUCCCACCCCCUCCCUCUAUGAGUACAAAACCUAUAACGUCAGCACCACCUCCACCCCCCUUGUCAACGAUGAUGAAUUUGCCGCCUCCUCCACCCAUCCUUCCACAUGGCGGUCCUCCACGGUUUAUGGGUAAGUUUUUGUAUAUUCUGACGGUGCUAAGAAAGUAUAAACACGGAAAAAUCGACAAACGGACAGCUAAGGUAUGUCCAACACUGAGUUGCAUAACAAAUAGGCUAUUUUCAGUUUGCCCAGACUGCGUCGCGGUGGCUGUAUUGAAUUGCACUUUGGAACUGUUUUAAGGACGCUAUCGCCUCGUUUAUCGGCUGUUACAAAGUUGGGCUGCAAGCUGGGUCAAAAAAAUGCCAUAGAGCAAUCUGAUAUGGCUCCAACCCAGUCCCACUAGAAACCUUACAUACCUCGCUGUUAUUUAUUUAUUUACUUUUUGUCCGAGAUAACGCUUAUUAUUUUCUGUGUAGUCAGAGGCCAUGUUUUAUUUUGAAAGCAAAGUAAGGUUGUGGGAGUGGAAAGUGCAAUCAAUAGGUUAGUAUAAGACUGACAGGGCGAUGUUAGUGGGGCCCACAACCAGGCAAGUUUUAGGAUCCUUACGUGGAGUGUGCCUCAUUUAGUGCCUGUACCAGAAGAGAUAAAUACCCAAAACAUAGCGAAGUUCUUGGAACAAUUCAUGUCUCGUUAGAUAGAACUUGAAACCUCUUUGUUUUUUCAUUUUUCAAGCGAACACUUCAGAAAAGUAAGUGUUGUCCUAGUCUGAAAUGUCAGCUGUCUCCUCGCGUGGAAACCUCGCAGGGAGGAGACGGCUGACAUGUCAGACCAGUGUAGCCCUCCAGCUCAUCUAAACGUGUAUCUUUUUUAUCCUCAGGAAUACCGCCCCCGCCACCCCCGGGUGGUCUCCCAAGGAUGCCACCCCCUAUGUUUGUGAACCCGAACCCCCCUGUUGCACCCCCUAUGCCAAGCAAACGGGACGCAGAAGGAGAAGAUAUGGGUGGUAAGAAGUCCAGAGCUGAACCUGCUGAAGCAAAUCUUAUCCCUGAAGAUGUCUUCCUCUCUUCCAACCCAGGCCAAGUCACCUUUGGUGUCCAGAUUCCUCUCAUGCCAGAUAAGGCCGAGUGGAAACUGGACGGUAACACUAUUAGGCUCACCUUGCCGCUUACAGACCAGGUGAGAAUGGAACUUGUGUCGAGCUUUUUUAUCUCUGCAAUGUGUGUUGCAUGGUAAAUAUGGCUCCUUAGUUGUGCAAAGUCCCUUUAGAAAACUCAGACUGCUUCUAUUACGUGAAUUGAAAUACUGUACAAUUUGGAUUUAGAAGGCGAAAGGGUUUUCUUCUUUUGUAUUGCCAAGAAAAAAAUGUUUGUAAUUAUGCAGUAGUUUGGCGCAGAGAUUAUUUCAUGGUAAACCAGGAGAUAAUUUUUCAUGUUUCAGUUGCUUUCAUGUAUGCAUGAAGAACUUUAUUUCCGUGUGUUGCGGACAAUUUAGAUAUGAGUUUAUGUGCAGUACAAUAUGUCUGUUGAAGGCGCUAGAGAUCAGGGAACGGACGCCUCGAGAUAUUACUUAAGUAUAUAGACUACGAGUAGAUCCCCAUUUUUCCUCAGGGAUAGUAGAACGUGCGAAACGCGAGCGCGCGUGAAAAUCACCCCACUCGAGAAAAGGUGACACGUGGUGGGGAGAGAGAAAAAUCAGUAUCUUAUUAACGCACUACUUAAAACGUCGUAUUUUUUAAACACAAAGCAGUCAAUGAAAUCUUCCAUAACGGCCUUCUUGAGGGCAGAGAUAAGUGCCACGGUUGUUAAAAGGUGUAAACAAGUGUUGAUAUAUUCGACGGGGCCAAAAAAAACAUGGUUGUUACCGAAAGGUAGCCUUUGUAGAGAGGUGUCCGAGCAGAGGAUCGCUACUUUGAGGGGAUCGCUGCUUUCGGGGUGGCCAUUACUUUUGAGAAUCUACGCUUUUUGUUGCCAAAACUAACUUUUAAUCAGUAUAAUAUUUACUUUUGACACUAGUCAUGUACAUACACUAGGAUGUUCGGUCACCAUUGCCGAGAAUAGUUUUGAUGUUAUUUUCAUGAAUGGCCAUUUGUUGUCUUUACAGGUGUCUGUCAUUAAGGCAAAACUUCACGAGAUAACAGGAAUGCCGGCAGGGAAACAAAAACUUCAGCUCGGGGUAAGAAAAUCAAUGAAAAUUUGAUUCUCGACUUUAAACUACACAGUAAGGAGGGUUUAAAGGUCAUCAAGUGUGAAACUACUCAGAUUAUCGGCUUUCUAUGUUCAUGUGGGUUGAUUGAAGAAAAACUACGCCUUUUCCUCGCAAAUUAUUAACACAAUUGUUCGUUUUGUUUUACAGGGUAUCUUCAUCAAAGACUCCAACUCACUGGCUUAUUAUAACGUCACCCCUGCCAGCAUAGUACAACUACAACUAAAAGAACGUGGAGGAAGGAAGAAGUGAUUGAACCAAACUGACGUUCCGCUCAUUUUAUUCAACUAAGACACUGGAAUGUUUGUUCUUAUUUUAGUGUGUAAAAACCUAGGCAUUGUUACAGUAAGAAGUCUUUUACCGUGAUUAGUUUCUUGUGGAAGGAAUAUCUGUUAAUGUAAACUCUCUCGAUGAUGUGAUGACACCCUCCAGUUCAGGCUGCCCUCUAAUUUCUCCCAUUAUCCUUCGAUCGUCCAAGUUGGAAAGAAAACUCAAUCCCUUUCGCAGCGUCGUCCUGCGAGAGAGGAAAAGGAGUAGAUGAGGAGGGACCCUUUAGGGAUCAUGAGGUUGAGGAGAACUGAGCGCAAGUACUGAAGUCGAGGGCUAGAGGGUGUGAUGGAACAAUCGUUCUCUCCUUGUCAUUUCUCCUGACCUUUCGCAGUACGCGCGUUUGCUUUUCUUUCGCGCGGUCUCUCGAAUUGAGUGGUGAGGGACUGUACUGCCUGAAACUGGAAUCGUGUUUAAUGUUUUAGUGCCGCUUUUACGACUUAUAUUAUCUUCUGUAAUGUUAUUAAAUGUGACUCGUAAAUCUCUGUUAUACUGUAAAUCUUGGUAGAGCUUUUUAUUAAAGGCUUGGAAUAUAGUGAAC